AUGUCCCAGUGCCACCAUGUUCGAGCGCCUGGUAGCAGCAACAAAGAUUUUGUCGCAGAGGAGGAGCACACAAUGCACCUAAUGACUGUCAUGCCAGAGACAUAUCUUCGCUAUAUUUUCGUGCUUGGGAAGGUUGCCCUGGGUGGUGAACAGAACGAACAGACUGUCAACCGCCAGCAUCCAGAUCCGCGGGGCAGUUACUGCCAGACCGUAGCGAAUCCUUGGUUUUACGAUUGGGACGAACGACGGACUGAUGCACAAGACCUCCUUGCUUUCCUCAAGAUUCCCUCUCGCCUCCACACCUUUGACGAUUGCUUCAAUACCAACUGGCACAUGAUGAAUUUUCAUCGCUUACAUAGAAGCUGCGGCGUCUCGCCGCUCAACUAUAUCCAGCACGUGCUAGCCCUGGGUGAUGUAAGGCUUGAUGUCUGUGGAAGAAACGGGUAUUGGGUUGAUCGCGUGUUACUUCCGCAUUUUGCGAUAUUGUAUACGCGGUGGUCAGGCAUCGCAAUAGAUUUCGACGCGGACGUCGAGCCAGAGCCACUGAUCCGCACGGUGACCGUCCCGUUCGACAUGGACAUGGACGAUAUCUGGGAUCGUCGCGGGGUCGGCGAGGCCGCCAUGUAUUUCGGCCGCCCUUGA